AUGGCCGAGCGGCUCAGGCAAGAGGUCAAGAACAGGGCGGCACAGCGCCGCGCGGUGCACAGCUCCGGUGACUCUGUCUCGCCAACCAUCACGGCGGGACACGAGUUCGUCGUCGACGGGCGAGAAGAUCCGUCGACAAUGUUACACGAUAUUGAGGUUCCUGACGUAUCCACUAUUAGCACCUCUUCCGAGACACACAGCAGCGGGGCGGUGACGAGUCCGUCCUUCUCCCAGGGGGGUUUCUCCCAAGGAGAGGUGUCUCCUCCCCAGCAGCAGCGAGGGAAGGAUUGCAGCCGGGGUGGAAGGUAUGCUCGCGAGAGGGUCGCUUUCGGACGGUCGGACACCGUGCUUCUCACGUUCUACCUCGAGCAGCUGUUUCCAUUCCUGUUCCCCUUCUACAGACCUUCCCUACUCGAGGGAGGUAGAGCAUGGGUCCUGGAAAUGAUGAUCAGUAGCCCUGUCGUCCGACAGGCUGCCCUCUGCCAGAGCUCUUACUUCUUCUCACUGGCGCGGGAGUCGGAAGAUGGUAGCCGGGCCUGGGAGGCGAUGCUCCAGCAGACCGGGGACGUCUUUGGUGUACUGAGGGAGUCGUUACAAGUUAUUGAGGGCUCAGGGGUGAUAGAACACAUCCACGGCGCAGUGAGGAUCAUGUCGAGUAUCCUGCAAGUUCAACGCUUCGAAGUCGCCGUUCUGAGCUUCAGCAACUGCUGGGCACAUCUCAAUGCUGCUCGGGUCUUGUUCACGCAACUGCUCGAUGGUUCAAGCACGGCCCAGUCAUUGGAACCCAGUGCGCGUUUCAAGGAGGUGAUGGACAGGCUGGGGCCGCCGUCUUGGAUCGAGCCGGCCCAGCUUCCCAUCGUGAGUGCAGAGCAGGCUGCAUUUCACUUCUCCUCCGCGCUCUUGAUACUGGACGAUAUAAUUGCUAGUACUGUUCUCCAGGAGCAGCCUGCGCUUCUUGAGUACCACCACAGCCUUCUCUGUGGGGAUGUCAUGAUUGAGACGGCGAUCGACCUAGAGGCUGUGGUGGGUUGCCAGAACUGGGCCUUGUUACAGAUCGGUCAGGUCGCCGCUCUUGAUGCCUGGAAGCAGCGGUGUAAAAAUGCCGGAAGCUUGGACGUCAUGGAGCUCGUCGGCCGCGCCACAACUAUCAAAGAGACAUUAGAGGCCCACCUCAGACAGCUCGACAUAGACACGGAGCCCGUCCCCGCUGCCGUCGGCACCAGUCUUCUCGAUAUCUUCUCGUCGGCCCACGGGGGCCCAGGGGAGCACACACUCGCGACCGCAACUACCAGCCAGACCGGCUUAGCCACUCGUGUGUGGGCUCAUGCAGCGCUCGCCUACCUGUCCGUCGUCGUCUCCGGGUGGCAGCCAGCGAGCAAAGAUCCGGAUCCUUGA